CUUCGUGUUAACAAGUACCUAAGGCUUUAUCCUUACAUUCCAAUAUGUUCAAAUUCGUCGCUGUUGCUGCUCUUCUGCUGGUUGCCUCUGCCAAUGCUGGCCUAAUUGAGACCCACCAUGUGGUCCAUGAACCUGUCCUAGCUAAAGUUGGAACUGUUGUUCACAGUGCACCAUCUGCCGUCUCCCAUCAGAGCAUAACCCAAGUACACAGCAAAGCUGUGGUGCAGCCUGUGUUGGCACCCGUACUGAAGACCGUCGCUGUCCAUUCCGCUCCUGUUGUUGCUGUGCAUGCUGCUCCAGUCGUUCAUUCGGUUCCUGUUCCCGUUGUCCAUUCUGCUCCUGUGGUGCACUCAGUACCCGUUGUCCACUCUGCACCUUUAAUUAAAUCUGUGGUUCACCAUGCUCCUUUGGCAUACACUUUCCAUCAUUGAAAUAACAUUUACUUUUGUGACAAGAAUGUUUUGAUUUUUUUGUUUAGUUUGAAAACUU